AUGGCUUCUAUAUUGCCGCAGUUCGACAAUUCCGAAUACGCUGUUGGAUGGAUCGCUGCCCUACCCCAUGAAAGGGCGGCUGCUGAGGUAAUACUAGACCAGGAGCAUGCACCACCGCAGCACAAACAUAUAAAUGACGACAAUAUCUACACGCUAGGCUCCAUAAGUGGUCCAAAUGGCGUGCACAAUCUGUAUAACUGUGGGAAAGCCACAGCGCAUGGCUUUGAAGAGCGUGGUGCAUUAAACUCCCCGCCACGGGUUCUACUUAAUGCUAUGGGCGCACUUCAAGCAAAACAUGAAAAGGGAGGGAGCACCAUACCUGUAAUAUUGGAGGCCAUGUACAAGGAUUAUCCGUUAAUGGCAAAACCGCGACAGGGGCCGGGUUACAACUACCAAGGGACAAAUUGUGAUCGGCUAUUCCAACCGCAAUAUGAGCAUGCAGCCACUAAGAAGGAUUGUAGUGAUUGCGAUUCUGAGAAUGAGGUGGUACGCCCCGAGAGACCUGACCAGGACCCCUAUAUCCACUACGGCACGAUUGCAUCAGGCAAUCAGGUCAUCAAGGAUGCGCGAAAACGGGAUCAGAUGUCGAAAAACUGUCUUUGUUUUGAAACAGAAGCUGCCGGCUUGUUGAAUGACUUCCCAUGUCUCGUCAUUCGCGGCAUCUGCGACUACUGUGAUACCCAUAAGAACGAUCAGUGGCAGAAGUACGCGGCAGCUACAGCAGCCGCGUACACGAAGGAGCUUCUGCAGAUUACGGACGCUGCAGAUAUCAAAAGCACGCCGGAGGUGCGAGAGGUUAUACAUAAGUGUUAG